AUGUGUCAACAAGCAACUCAUGAACUUCUUCAUAUCCUAUGGAAGGCAGGAUACAAGUUAUCUAGGAAGAAGGCACAACUGUGUCAGUCAACUGUCAAAUAUUUAGGAUUCCAUAUUUCAGAGGGUCAAAGAACAAUGGGACCUGAAAGAAAAGAAGCUGUAUGCCGCAUACCCGUACCAAAGAAUAGAAGACAAGUUCGAGAAUUCUUGGGAGCAGCUGGAUUCUGUAGGAUAUGGAUUCCUAACUAUGCGAUACUGGCAAAACCACUGUAUGAAGCUGUAAAAGGCACAGAACAUGAUCCCUUCCUGUGGACUACAGAGCAACAGAAGUCAUUUGAGGAAAUCAAGAAAGCACUCAUGAGUGUCCCAGCCCUCGUCCUACCAGACCACUCGCCCUUUCUUUCUGUAUGUAUAUGA